GGAGCCCUGAGGAGAACAGGUGUCUCAAAGAGCGCCAAGAUGCAGCCAUGGCUCUGGCUGGUCUUCAGUGUGAAGCUAUCAGCUCUCUGGGGCAGCUCUGCCCUCCUUCAGACUCCUUCAUCCCUGCUGGUUCAAACCAACCAAACAGCAAAAAUGUCCUGUGAGGCUAAAACCUUCCCUAAAGGAACAACCAUCUACUGGCUGAGAGAGCUCCAGGAUUCCAACAAGAACAAGCACUUUGAGUUCCUGGCGUCCCGGACUUCAACCAAAGGAAUCAAAUAUGGUGAAAGGGUGAAGAAGAAUAUGACUCUGUCUUUCAAUUCAACCCUGCCCUUUCUCAAGAUCAUGGAUGUGAAACCAGAGGACAGUGGCUUCUACUUCUGCGCGAUGGUUGGGAGUCCCAUGGUAGUCUUUGGGACAGGGACAAAGCUGACUGUGGUUGAUGUCCUUCCUACAACUGCUCCAACCAAAAAGACUACACUGAAGAAGAAACAAUGUCCAACCCCCCACCCAAAGACCCAGAAAGGCUUGACAUGUGGCCUCAUUACCCUCAGCCUGCUGGUGGCCUGCAUCCUGGUUCUGCUGGUAUCCCUCAGUGUGGCCAUCCACUUUCACUGCACGCGGAGGAGAGCCCGGAUUCGCUUCAUGAAACAGUUUCACAAAUGAUCCGCGCCCACGACACUGACAGCCUGCUACAAAGGACUCAAUAUAAAGCAAGACCUGGACCAACGAGAGACGACGCAUUUAGCUCAAGCUGUCUGCCUGAACUGCUGCAAGUCCUGUGAAUGGUCAGGCACGUUACCUGGAGUCUCACAGAGAAGGCCCCAGAAUCCAGGCUCACUCACGGAGUGUGCUGAAGAACCAAGAACUCCCACCAUGACACCCCUGUGGCUUUUGUACCCUUCUUGGACUGGACCUUGGAUGGCAGCCUUGCAGCCACCAUCUUUGUAAGUUGCUUGGUAGGGCAGCAUGACUGGCUUUUUGGCGUCUCAUGGGAGAGAGCUAGGUGGGCAGCCCUGCAGAAGACUGCACAUCCUCACACAGAGAGGCCACCUCAUGAAUAAGGUUUCCUGCAAACAUCUUCUGGGCCCUUGGCAGCCAUCUUGCUCUCUCAGGCCUUGCUGUGGUUUUGGGAAGCUGUUGGCUCAGAAGACAGACUUCUACUUCAUCUCCUAGUAGGAAAUUUCUUAAGCUUCUUCUCCCUCGUGGCUUAUAUAUUUCUUCCCUCACUCUCUGUCCUUUUUAUGAAAAUGUCUUG